AUGGCUCCUUCUGCUAAAUUUUGGUACGUGCCUCUUCUUCUUUUAAGUGUUGCUGGUGCUUUGAGUGGUGAUGAGAGUGGUUAUGGGGGUCCGGGAGGUUGGAGGUAUGAUGAUAGUGAUAAUGAAGACGAUAGUUAUUGCUCAUAUAGAAGUUGGCGAAGUUGUGGCAGCUUCUUUGGCAGAGGUGGUAAAGGUUAUGGUGGUGGAGGCGGCGGAGGAGGAGGUGGGGAAGGUGGUGGAGUAGGUAAUGGUGUUGGACAUGGAGAAGGGCAUGGUGCAGGAGGAGGCAGUGGCAAUGGUGGAGCAGGAGGAGGUGGAGGAGGUGGUGAUGGUGCUGGUGCUGGUAAUGGGUCUGGUCACGGAGAAGGCUUUGGAGCUGGAGGUGGUGUGGGGGGUAUUGGUGGUGGUGCUGGAGGAGGAGGUGGAGAAGGUGGUGGAGGUGGUGCUAAUGGAGGGUCUGGUCAUGGUAGUGGAUAUGGCGCUGGAGGUGGUAUUGGAGUUGCAAAUGGUGGAGGAGGAGGUGGUGGAGAGGGAGGUGGCAGUGGUUAUGGUAGUUCUGGUGAAGGGUUUGGUCAUGGUAGUGGUUUUGGAGCUGGAGCAAGCAUAGCAGGUGAGGCAGGAGGUGGUGGGGGUGGAGGUGGGGGUGGUAAAGGUUCUAAUGGAGGAUAUGGCCAUGGUAGUGGUUAUGGUGCAGGUGGAGGUGGAGGUGUAAGUGGCAGUGGAGCUGGAGGUGGUGGCGGAGGAGGAGGAGGAGGAGGUGGUGGUGGUGGUGGUGGUUCUGGUGGAGGGGCAGGACAUGGUAGUGGUUUUGGUGAAGGUUUUGGCAUUGGUAGCACUGGAGGAGGAGGAGGAGGAGGAGGAGGAGGCGGUGGUGGAGGUGGUGGUGAAGGAUAUGGACAUGGUGAAGGCAUGGGGUUUGGAGGAGGAAUUGGUGGUUCUAACGAUGAGAAAGGCUUAGGAGGAGGACAAGGUGGUGGAAAUGGCAUUAACAUGGGAUUUGGCAUGGGAGUGGGCAUUGGAUUUGGUUUUGGUAUAGGAACAGGAGGAGGCAAAGACUCUAACAACAACAAUGGUGAUCCCUAG